AUUGUGUUUCACAUGUGCACUGACGAGUCUCAACAUGUAUACUCCAAUAUCCUUCGCGCUUCUAACGUUAUCCCUGUUCUCCCAGUCGGUUACCUCUCAGACCAAUGAAUUCACUGAGUUACGUUUAAUGCACCGUGUAGUGCACCCCGACCUUCCUGUAACACCAUGGGCUGAGCUGGGAACUGUCUCCAUCCCAUCCUUCAAAUCCAUUUCACCCAUUGGCUCACAUGCCUCAUUGUCACUAGCAGAGUCAUUACGGGAUGACCUUGCAGAGUUCGCAGAAGCAGUGAAUCCUAACAUGCAAGGCGCAAUGUACCACGUCGCAAUCGAGCUUCCAGAAUUGGAGGGGUCAGUGUCAAGUAUCAAAGCGUGUCUACUCCCUUCCUCCACAUCCGCAAAUAUAGUUAUUCAUUUCUCCGCGACGGGAGAACCAUUUGCGAUCGACUAUUCCGUGUCGCCCGUACCUCAAGAUGGAAUAUGCUCUGCGACGAGUGCGGGGAGCUACCCAGCACAUAACGCGAGUGUUGUACUCAAGUCACCACGGAUGGCACCUCUACCUGAGCUACGGAUCCCACCUCCGCUCACGCCUGAAGGCGAGCCAGUAGCUCCUGUUCCUGAGAAAAGUUUCGUGCAGAAGUACUGGAUAUACAUGGUUGUUGUUCUCGGGGCACUGCUGAUCUCUGGGCCCGCCGAGGACUCUCCUAGCGGGGAUGGGAAAGGAGGAAAGUAGAUCCACAUAAAUUAUCAUACUAGGUAGAAUCACCUGGAGCACUUUCAAACAGAAUUUCGUGAGGAAGCCCUGCCACUAUAAGACGGCGCAUGUUUAAAGUGAGGAAUCCAAAGGAAUCAGUUCUAAUUAGUUGUGACGGUGCUCGAGAAUAUCGUUGAACCUACAUACAUCUUCGGGCAGCAUCGUGAAUCAUUUCUGAUGAGGCUCGAAGAUGAUAAGUAGGUCGAAGAAGUAGUGACCAUGACCUUCCAGGCUCUUUUCGAGAUAAUACAUAGGUACAAAGGCGUACCUAAUAUGGACAUGAUGGUCCGUGCGCGUGUUUGUGGUGUAUAUAAGCGCGGUGUCAACACUGCAACAACUCAUACUUACCUUGAUGGCAUAAGCU